AUGUAUGGUGGCAAUCCUUUUAUAAUGGCAGAACUGGCAUCUGAUAUGUGGAUAGAACGAAAUAUUCCCGGCGGAUUAAACAGUAGACUGGGUACAUAUCUUGAUAAUAUGAUGGGUGGAAAUCCAAAUCCAACAAUUCCUCAACUAUAUGGCGGUUAUGGAGGUUAUGGCCCUUAUGGUGGUUAUGGUUUUUAUGGUAGGGGAUUUGGUUAUCCAUAUGGAGGAUUGUAUUAA